AUGAGUAGCCUUUUCUUACGUUUCAUGAUUUCAGGUAUUCUUUUCCAUGAUGCGUAUUUCCGCUCCGGUCCUCCAUAUUUCUCCAUACUUGAGAAAAAUGGCGCGAAUCUCCACCACAUGUUCAAGUUAGCAUGCGCCAGGGUAGCGCCUAAAAGAGCGAUUCCUUGUGUUCGCACGCUCGCGUCAAAGUACCCGCCAGAAAUCAGCGUUGAUGGAAAAACCUUCAAAACAGACGAGUGGACAAACAUCCCCCAGUCUGUAUUGGCAUUAACCGAGCGGCAGCUCCAUCAAAACCCUAACCACCCGAUUGGAAUUCUUCGGGACUUGAUCGAGUCCAAUUUCCACGGCCUCGGGUACACCUUCUACAACGACUUCCGCCCCACGGUCACCACAUUCCAGAACUUUGAUGUUUUGGGCUUUCCGCAGGAUCACCCGGGCAGAUCGAAACUGGACACCUACUACUUGAACAAAGACAACUUGCUACGCACACACACGUCGGCGCACGAGCACGAAUGCUUCCAGACCUGCGAGACGCCGGGCUACUUCAUCACCGCAGACGUGUACAGACGAGACGAGAUUGACAGAACGCACUAUCCCGCAUUCCACCAGAUGGAGGGUGCUCGCUUGUGGACCAGAUCGGAAAACGUAGCGGAGCAGAUCCAGCGUGACAUAGACUCGAUUCCGGCGACAAACAUCAUUGUCGAGGACCCGUUCAGAGACUGCCCAGCCAACGACAACAACCCGAAACAGGAGUAUAUGACCGACACCGAGGUGCGUUUGGUGUCGACGCAUUUGAAGAAGACUAUCGAGUACAUGGUCAAUUUGGUUUUUGAGCGGGCCCGCGAGUCUGCCCAGAAAGCUGGCUCGACGGAAGAGUACUUGAACGAGCCCUUAAAAGUUCGCUGGGUCGAGGCGUACUUCCCGUGGACUUCUCCGUCGUGGGAAAUCGAAGUGUGGUGGAAAGGCGAAUGGCUAGAGUGCUGUGGAUGCGGCGUUGUGCAACAGCAGGUUUUGCUCAAUUCGGGGCUUUCCGAAGACAAGUUCGGCUGGGCGUUUGGCAUCGGUUUGGACAGAAUCGCCAUGUUGUUGUUUGGAAUCCCCGACAUCCGGCUUUUUUGGUCUCAGGACGAGCGUUUUGCCAAACAGUUCUCCAAGGGAAACAUCUCCACUUUCCAGCCCUACUCCAAGUACCCGGGAAUCAAGCGGGAUGUCAGCUACUGGUUGCCCUCCGACUCCCUAUUGCACACCAACGAUGUAAUGGAGAUUGUUCGUCUUUACGGAGGCGACUUGGUUGAAAGCGUCGUGGCAAUUGACGAGUUUGUGCAUCCAAAGACAGGCAAGCGCUCGCAAUGCUAUAGGAUCCAUUACCAGUCCAUGGAGCGCAACUUGACCAACGACGAGGUGAACGAGAUCCAUAGAAAAGUAGAAGAGGAUUUGAAGCGCAACUUUGGCGUGGAAAUCCGCUAA